CGAAGGGAUGGGGGAGGAGUUCGGACUCACUGUGCAAAUACAUAGAUACAUACUAAUCUAAAUUGAUGCCUCAUUGAAAAAAAAUCACAGGUGAAACAAGCAGCCAACAAUGGCUCACUCAAAGGCUCUGUUAGUGCUGGAAAACUUCAUAGGUGGCAAAUUUGUUCCUUGUUCCUCCUACAUAGACUCCUAUAAUCCGUCCACCGGAGAUGUCUAUUGCAGGGUUCCAGACAGUGGCAAAGAAGAGGUGGAAGCUGCUGUCAAAGCUGCCAAAGAAGCCUUCCCAAUUUGGUCCUCAAAAAGUCCAUUGGAAAGAUCUCAGAUACUGAACAAAUUGGCAGACCUGAUUGAACAUGACCUGGAAGCAUUUGCACAAGCAGAGUCAAAGGAUCAGGGAAAAACUAUUACGUUUGCCAGAACAGUGGACAUCCCUCGGGCCGUGCACAAUUUUCGAUUCUUUGCCUCUUCCAUCCUUCAUCAUGUCACAGAGUGCACCGAAAUGCCAACCAUGGGCUGUGUGCACUACACCUCCAGGGCACCUGUGGGAGUUGCUGGUUUAAUCAGUCCUUGGAAUUUGCCACUGUAUUUGUUGACCUGGAAAAUAGCUCCUGCCAUUGCAUGUGGAAAUACUGUGGUUGCCAAGCCAAGUGAGAUGACAUCUGUCACAGCCUGGAUGAUGUGCAAGCUCAUGGAGAAAGCAGGGGUGCCUCCUGGGGUGGUGAAUGUCGUGUUUGGAGCGGGUGCCAAGGCAGGGGAGGCCCUGGUGUGCCACCCCGACGUGCCUCUGAUCUCCUUCACGGGCAGCACGCUGACGGCCCAGCGCAUCACGGAGAAAAGCGCUCCGCACUGCAAGCGCCUCUCGCUGGAGCUGGGAGGCAAAAACCCCGCCAUCAUCUUCGAUGAUGCCGACCUGGGCCAGUGCAUCCCCACCACCGUGAGGUCCAGCUUUGCCAACCAGGGUGAGAUCUGUCUCUGCACCUCCAGGAUCUUUGUUCAGAGGGGAAUAUACAGUGAGUUUUUGAAGAGGUUUGUGGAAGAGACCAAGAAGUGGAAGACUGGGAAUCCCUCAGAUCCUACAAUAAAUGUGGGAGCACUAAUAAGUAAAGAGCAUCUAGAAAAGGUAAGGAACUAUGUGAAGAAAGCCCAGGCUGAAGGAGCCAGAGUCCUCUGCGGAGAGGGAGUGGAUCCUUUGGCCCUCCCACCUGGCAACCAGAAAGGCUAUUUCAUGUUGCCCACAGUUAUUGCUGAAGUCAAGGAUGAAUCCUGUUGCAUGCAAGAAGAGAUCUUUGGUCCUGUGACAUGUGUGGUACCAUUUGAUACAGAAGAAGAGGUGAUCAGAAGAGCCAACGGUGUGAAGUACGGCUUGGCAGCCACGGUGUGGUCCGGCAACGUGGGACGCGUUCACAGGGUGGCACACAGGCUGCAGUCUGGGUUGGUGUGGACCAACUGCUGGCUUGUGAGAGACCUGAACUUGCCAUUUGGUGGGAUGAAAGCCUCAGGCAUAGGCAGGGAGGGAGCAAAGGAUUCCUACGAGUUCUUCACUGAGGUCAAAACCAUCACAAUAAAGCACUGACGGAUGUCAACGGAAGUAUUUUAGAGUGAAAUAAAUGACAACAAUUUGAGCAAUUUGAAAAAUGGCUCCUUAGAACACAGACUGCUAGUGUGGCCAUUCCUUUCUUGGACUUUGGUCAAGUAAUAUUGAUGACAGCUGAAAAUUAUCAUCCCAAAUGCUAAUGUUAAAGUCAGUUUUCAUGUUGAAUGAGAAGAUCAGUGUGGACUCCACAGUCAACCCAUCCCAAGCCAGAUGACUUGCCUAUCUUACAGAUCCUAAGUAUUUUUGAUAUUUUUGAUAUUCCUGCCUCAAAAAUCUGUCCCUUUAAGGCAGAUUGGAGAAGGAGUAAUAUAUGUAAUAUACCAGUUGCUCUGGUUGGUGAAUUACCUUGAAGGACAAAGUAGCAAGCAUGUGGUGAGACUGAUACUGUAAAGAGGAAUCAGCUCAUUUCCACUCUAAACAGUGUGGUCUACACAUCUGCCCAUAUUGCACUUCACUGAUAGUGGCCAAGGGUUGAUACUACACUACACUGAAAGCCUGAGGAACUACCUUUAACCUACUGAGUGGUUUUAAACCAUGGGGUCAUUACAUUCUCUUGGUAUUCACAGAGAUAAUAAAUGUUUUAAUUAUAACCUUCUUUAUGGCAAAGAGCUGAAUCAUCCUAAUACCUGUUCUCUGACUAUUUUGAAAUUAAAGCCUCCUGUCACUUUGAGACCUCAGUGAUGGUGGUUUUUAAAUCCCUGCACAAAAAUAUGGCUGCAUCACAGACAGUGUCACUCUUCUUUAAUAAAACCUAGAAUUUAUUCCUGAGAGAACAAACUGUUGCAAAUGUCUGUCACCAAAAUAUAAAACCACUUCCAACUAUUCCUCAUUUAUUUGCAGAGAUUUUUUAAUUGGGUAUCUCACAAACUUUUUUGCUUUCAGAAAAAAGAGAAAUAGAGCUGGAUACACCUCCACAUCUCUGGAUCCUACCUGGUUGCAGGACAGACCUAGCAGUUGGGUUGGAACUGUGGGCAUUUGAUGGAUUUAUUUGGUACAAGAACCCCCAGUUUAAGGCAUGUUAAGGAAAUACAUUAAAAAUUAUAGGCUUAGUGAAUUGAUGUAUUCUGAAGAAGCAUGAACAUUUAAUU